AUGGCCCAAACACGCGGCGCAACUGGCAACGCGAAGCCUCGCAUCUUCACCACCCCAUCUACCGAACCAGUGCAAAAGCGCAAAGCUGGAACCACCACCAAGAAGCGCACUACCAAGCCCAAGAGUGCCACUGGUGCAGGUAUCACCAAGAAAAGCGCGCCGGCAGCUCACAAGAGAAAGCCGAGUAUCAAGGACAAGGUCGAGGGCGCAGUUGAGAAAGUGGUCGGAACUCUCGAGGGCAAACCCGGCAAGAAGGCUGCAGGCACGAAGAAGAUCAAAGGCACAGACAGCAAGGUCAGCAAGACGGUAAAGGUCUAG